CAUCUACACCCAGACCAGAGUGCGAGUGUGAAUCAUUAGACUGACUGUUACUGCUCGCAGGUUAGUCCGUGUGUAAAUGCUUCUUUCCCUUUAAUUACGGGAGGAAGAACGACUUGAGGGGUGUGUUCAGUGAGUUGACAUCGAGACGGCUGGUAGCCUCAAAGAAACAUGUCCUCUCCAGAGAUCGCCUCCCUCUCCUGGGGCCACAUGAAGGUGAAGGGAUGCUCUUCCACCUACAAGGACUGUAAGGUCUGGCCUGGAGGGAGCCGAGCCUGGGACUGGAGAGAGACCGGGACUGAUCAUUACCCCGGAGUACAACCUGCUGACCUGGACGAGGUGCUGAAGAAGGGAAUCGACCUGCUGGUAAUUGGCAGAGGCAUGAGCGAGGCUCUGCAGGUUCCCUCCUCCACUCUGGACUUUGUGAAGCAGAAAGGUGUUGAUGUAAAAGUCUUGCAGACAGAGAAGGCUGUCGCUGAAUACAACAAACUGGCUGGCCAGGGUGCAAAGGUGGGUGGAGUUUUCCACUCCACCUGCUGAUGUCACCCUUACCUUGCUGACGUGGCAACCUGAGGAGGACUCUACAAGCUUUUUCACUGUAGAGAGACGAUCCCACUGUGGGGCUGAAGCUUUGCGUUCACUGUGAAGAUGCAAACAAGCUGCUGAAGGAACUAAAUUCUGUUAAUGGGCAUAGAAUGAUUACUCUCCUGCUUUCAGUUGUGCUACAGGGCUCAUUAGUUUUCCAUGCUUUGCACAUUAGAGAGCACUCUUUCCUUUACAGCCGUGUACUUCCUACCUGCCUUAAAAGCCCAAACUCACUGCUGAUGAAUUCAGCAGGAAAGAAGCCUUCAAACAACACGAGCCACCGAUAACAGUUGAAACAGAGUUUCUGUAGGUAAAUGUGUGGAACUAUUGUUGAUCUUUGCCUGCAGCUGUUUAAUGGCUCAGUCUCCAUCUACAGGCAAAGCAGGAGCCAAUCACAGCACAGAAACUGGGUCCAUUCACACCUGUGGCCAUUUUAAAAUCAGGUGGAGAGACCUGCACAUCCAAACUGUGGUUAACAGAGUCAAAUCUUUAAGUAAAUAAACAUCUUAAACAACAGAAUUCACAAAUCGAGUCACCUUCUCUCUAUGAAAAGUUUUUUUUAAGAUGGUGGCAGAAAAGAAUCUUAGUGGCAUCUUAGAAAGCUUUUGUAGAUUUGACUUUAGAUGCAGCAACACGUUAUAAACCCUGAAAUCUAUGGAUGUUACCUGCUGUCUAAACAGGGAGGAGUUCAGUUUGAUUCAUCAUGUGACAAAAUAAAAGUACAGAUUGAAACAUUA